CACUAAAGAGAUGUAUUUAUGUAAUAACUCGUUGCCAAAGCAACACCCUAUAUCCUUGACGACGAAAGACUUCGACAAGAUGGUUAACAGCAGUGCUCCAUUUGCUCGGAAAUUCGCUAAGGAUGAUCCGGUUCUGGACAAGAUUGACAAGGAACUCCUGGGGCGAACCGAUCGGUUUGCUCCAGGAGCCUGGUGCGUCGGUGGGUCGGAUAAUGGGUCUGACCCGUGCUCUGUUGGUGGGGAUCAUUCGGUAUUUAGUCCUGGUCCUGGGGCGAAAAGAUUGCAGGAACUGCUUCGGACAUUGCUGUCGGAAGAUUUUCGGAAGCAGCAGUGGUCGUGAAAGGGUUAAAGCAUUUUUAGCUCAAACUCCACGAAAUGUACAUUGAUGAUAUAUUGAUAAUAGGUUAUACGGCGGACCCACGGGUGUUUAGGGGUGUCUCUGGACACCCCUAAAUUUUGGGAAAACAAUUAUCCAACCCCCGGUAGUAAUUUACGUAUUGACAAAAAAAUUAUAAUUGAUAGUCGGGGACACCUUAAAUUUAAAAAAGUGAUUAUCCUACUCUCAUUUUUUAGUUUGAGUAUGAGAAUAUAAGUCGUAGUUUGGGUAAUUCAAACAUAGGACACUUUUAUUAUUAAUAAACAUAAUUUUCAUUA